AUGUCGUCAAAAGAAAAGAUUGAGUCAGCGGUUCCAAAAGGCAAUACAUUAGAGGUCAAUUGGUCAGAUGGCCAGGUAUCCAAAUUUCAUACCAUUUGGCUACGUGAUAAUUGUCAUUGCUCAGAAUGUUAUUUUCUGUUAACAAAACAACGUUUACUAAACUCGGCAUCGAUUAGUAUUGACCUUGGCGUGAAAAAAAUUGUAGAGGUUGAUAAUGGUAACAAGUUGGCAAUUACCUGGGACACGGACCAUGAAUCUGAAUAUAGUGCCAGUUGGUUAAGAUUGCAUUCUUACUACCCGAGACUUGUACCACUAGACAAAACCGUACUCGAGCAAGAAUUGUGGCAAGUUAAAGAUAUCAAGGACAAGCUUCCCUCGGUGGACUUUGCCUCGGUGAUGAACUCUUCUGACUCCACGGAUAAUGAGGAUGCUAUAAGAGACUGGUGUUUGAAAAUAUGGAAACAUGGUUUCUGUUUAAUUGACAAUGUCCCAGUAACACCCGAGGAUACAGAAAAGUUGUGUAAAAAACUAAACUAUAUCAGAGUCACACAUUAUGGAGAAUUUUGGGAUUUCACUUCAGACUUGGCUAAAGCUGAUACCGCUUAUACGAAUUUUGACAUUAGUAGCCACACUGAUGGAACUUAUUGGUCAAAUUCUCCGGGAUUACAAUUGUUCCACUUGUUGUAUCAUGAUGGUACUGGCGGAACUACUUCAUUAGUUGAUGCGUUCAAAUGUGCUCAAUUAUUAAAGGAAGCACACCCGGAAAGCUAUGAGAUAUUCACUAGAAUUAGAGUGCCUGCUCACUCUGCUGGUGAAGAAAAGGUAUGCAUCCAACCUGAUAUACCACAACCUAUUUUCAAAUUGGACGAGCACGGUAAAUUGAUUCAGGUUAGAUGGAACCAAAGCGACAGAUCAACUAUGGAUUCAUGGGAGGACCCGGAUGACGUUGUCAAGUUUUAUCAGGCUAUCAAACAUUGGGUAGAGAUUAUUACAUCGCCAAACAAUGAAUUGUGGCACCAAAUGAAACCUGGCCAGUGCUUGAUUUUUGAUAAUUGGAGAGUAUUUCAUCUGAGAAGCGAGUUUACUGGAAGGAGAAGAUUGUGCGGAGCGUACUUUGAGAGAGACGAUUUUGUGUCAAGAUUGAAGUUAUUGAAUUUGGGUAGAGAAGCUGUUUUAGAAUCUAUAUGA